AUGUGGGCGUACCACCUCAAGUGCCCCGCCGAUGGGCGCAAGCUGAUGGGCGCUGGCCUAUACAAGACCGUGCGGAGGGUCUUGGACAGGAGUGGGUGGUACUAUAUGGCCACAGAGUGCCUUCAGUGCCCCUCCUGCGGCAAGAAGGUGGCGGGCUGGUCCCAGGACAUCCUGGAGCAGCUGGACGUUGCUCACCGCGAGCAAUUCCCGGCCGUUCUUACCUACAAGUUGUCCUGCGACAGAGCGGUGAUAGCCAUGCUCAAGGAGCGCACCUUGGGCAACGGCGUCUCUCGCCUCCGUGCCUCCCUGGUGGAGCAGCACUCCAGGGACUGGAUGCAGCGCUCCAUCUCCUACCUCUCUGUGCUCCGCAAGCUGAGGGGACCCGGAGCGGCCCGGAAGGACGACGUGUCCCUGCCGACCUUCGUCAAGGUACCCGGGCUCACCUGGUUUGGUCGGGUGUAUGUGCUGGAGGCCAUGACCAGGCUGGACGAGACCAAGGCCAGGGUGACGUCGAUCUUCGGCGACAUCCUAAAGAUGGACUCCACCAAGAAGAUCGCCAAAAAGCUCGCGGGCGCCGCCGCCGGGUCUGCCGCCUGGAUGACCAACGUUGGCAACGAGUACGGGCAGGUGCUCGUGUCCGUUCUCACCUCGGCCGAGGGAGAGGGACUUACCAACAUGGCGGUCGGCCUCAUGCGGCGGUACCGCGAAGCCGGGAAGGCCCCUCCGAGGGUCCUGUAUGUGGACCGGGACUGCUGUGCCGCCGUGGGCAAUUCUGCCACCCACGGCAUGUACCACGAGUGGCAAGAGCUGGUGGUGCGGCUGGACGUGUGGCACCUCAUGCGGCGCUUCGCAAGGGGCGUCACCACCGACAGCCACCAGCUCUACGGCCUCUUCAUGGCCAGGCUGUCCUUCGCCAUCUUUGAGUGGGACGGCGAGGACGUGCGGCGCCUGAAGGAGGCCAAGCAGUCCUCGGAGGGGAGGGACGCCCAGGUCACGCUGUCCGCCAAGGAGCUGGCUCGCCACUGUCGCCGCCGUACGAGGGGUGCGGCGGAGACGGAGCGGCUCAUCCAGGAGGUGCUGGACGCCUUCUGGCAUGUGACGGACACCAUGGGCGUCGCUUUGAUUGACCGCGCCCGCAUGGAGGACAUCUGGGGCACGCAGCGCCGCCACCUCGACUGCGUCCAGGACCCAGAGGGGGUGGAGCUGUACACCAAGACGGGAGAGAUCACCAAGGGUGGUGUGAGGCUCCCCGUCUUCCGGUGCGCUCGCGGCUCCACCUCCCUCGAGUCCUUCCACCUGCACCAGUGCCGCUUCGUUCCGGGUACCACCUCGAGUGACGUCCACUAUCAGGUGUACCUGCUGGAGGGCCUGGCUCGGUGGAACGAGGACCGCGGCAGGGCGGCAGUCGAGGGAGGACCGCGAGCGGCGCUGCGGUGCUACAGCGCCCGGCUGCAGCACAGCUUCAACGAGCUGGCCUCUGAGGUCAACGGGGUCCAGCCGGUCGACGACUUCACCCAGCCCAGAGAGUACACAGGGGAACUCUUAGGGGUGGAGUACUUGUACUCCCAGUCGGGCGCUGUGCUGCAGCCGGAUCCCGAACCUCUGGAUGGGGCAGAGGAGGAGGAAGAGGCCGCCGCCGAUGACGGCUUCGAGGAGGAGGAGGAGCACCCGGAGGAGGAGCCAGAGGAGAUCCGUCUCCUGGCACACCACAGCGCCCUGCUCCAGGAGCCCUGCGGUGUGCUCCAGGUCGAUGCCACCUUGGGAUCGCCCCUUUCCGAGGUGGAGGAGGAGAUGGAGGAGGAGGAGGAGGAGGAAGACGUCGUCGGGCCGGACGGUCAGCCCGGGUACCACCACGCGGUGGCCCUGGCCCACGGCCUCGUGGAGCUGCGUCACCACGCCUUCGUCACCGCCCGUCAGACCAGAGGCAUCAUCGCUCUCUGGGAGAGGCUGACGGAGCGGGACAAGGCGCCGGUGACCUUCACCCCCCGCCACCAGGACCGGCUGGCUAAAGGGCGGUUCAAGACCAGCAACCGCCACGCCCACAUCCCGGGAGUGGACAGUGUGAAGCGUGUCGUCGUGGGUAAGGGUGCGGGAGCGGCACAGUACCCAAGCCUCAGCAGGGUCGUCGAGGCCAUCAUGUUGGAGCUGUGCCGCGUCCACAGCGGCGACGCCAAGACCAUCGCCGGGGCACGCCUCAACCGCUGGGGUGCCGUCAUGAGGGAUUACAAAUUGAUCCAGGACAACGUGGUCAACUGUCCUGCCCUCAUGGCGAGCACCCGCAUCAUGCUGUUUGACGUGAACCAGCGGACCCUGUCCAUGUGGCAAAACACCAGGGAAAAAAAUAAGAUGAGGGACACCCUCUCCCUCGCAGUCCCGGGGCCCAGCGCUACCCAGACUGCAGCGGAGCCCCUGUCGGCCCCACGGACUCUGCUGCAGCAGCCCCAGCAGCCAGACCAGCCCCUCCAGCACCGCCUGCCCGCGGAUGCCUCUGGUCUGGCGGCAACGAUCAGAGGGCCGCUGGCCCCGGAGCUCUACGACCUCGUGGUGAAGCAGCAGAGUGCCGCCGCCGCCACCCCCCCGGACCUCAGCCCGCUCUCAGCCGCGGCCACCGCUCCAGCCAUUGCCGCUCCGGCCGUCGCCAUUGCUGGAGCCAUGCCCCGCUCCACUGUCUGGAGGCACAGGGUCCAGGAGGAGAAGGAGCGUCGUGCCCGGGAGCUAGGGGUCUACCUCAAGCCCCCUAAAAAGGUCUCGGGCUUUACCUGCAGCCGCUGUGGCCAGCACAAGACCAGGGAGAACGGCCACAGCCGCUACAAGCGGGAGACCUUUUGCGCCCGGGCCGACGGGGGAACGGUGGAGCAGUGGCGCAGUGAUCGGCUGGCCAGAGACCGCGAGGCCCCCCCCCCGCCGCCACCCUGA